GCAAAUUUGAAUUUCAUUUUUUGCUCUCUCCGAUCGCUACGAAGCCGUCAAAUUUACAUUCGUUUGCUAUUCCUGAAGCGAUCGUCUGGAGCAACUUAAUUCAGUUGCUCUCAAUCAUCCACCGCAUGAAUGACCUCUCCGGACCCGCUAGGAGCGUCUGUGUCAGUUGAAUCCGUAGUAUCAUCUCUGUCUAGUGCAACCGGCAUCGACGGCAGCAGCAGCUGCAGUCCUAGUUCGGAAUCAAUUUUAACCUUAGCGGAUUCUUGCUGUUCCCUGUUGACGUUGGCAACGGAAACGUUGUUCCUGGUGGGAACCGGUGCUCUCGGUAUGCUGAGUGUCCUGCAGCGCGGUGGGACCACAGAGCUGCUCAAGUAUGCUGCCCUGACGACCGGCGGUUCGCUGCUGCUACUGCUACUGACUGGCACUGCCAGGGAUCGGCGAAAAAGGCGACCCAACGAGCGACUGAUCGUGAUCGUAACCGGAUGUGACUCGGGGUUGGGUUUCAACAUAGCUCUCCUAUGUCACCGUUUAGGAUUUGUCGUAUUCGCUGGAUGUUUGGACAAGGACUCGGAAGGAUCCUUGCUGUUGAAGGAAGUCGACGGCCUUAACGGUCGAAUGUUCAUCGUACCGUUGAACAUUACGCUCGAGGAACACGUGCUGGUGGCGAACAAAUCCAUCAAAUCGUUUCUCGAACUAAAUCCCGAAUGCGAAUUAUUCGCACUCAUCAACAACGCCGGCGUGAUGUGCUUCGGAGAGUUCGAAUGGCAACUGAACGAACAUUUCGAACAGCAGGUCGAGGUGAACCUGCUCGGGACGAUGCGGGUGACGAAAUCGUUUCUGCCGUUGUUACGUCGGUACGGGGCCCGGCUGAUCAACGUUACCAGUCACUGUUCGUUGCAGGCCCUACCCGGUCUGUCGGUGUACUCGGCAACAAAGGCAGCACUUCGCUUCUGGACCGAAAGUUUACGCAUGGAAAUGUCCAGCUAUGGCGUUCCGGUGGUUAACUUCAUUCCCGGUUCGCUGGUGAUGCAGAGUAACAUCUGUGCGAAUCAGAUGCGCUACGCGGCUGCAAUGCGGUCGGCGUUUAGCCCUGAACAGCAGGAGUUCUACGGUACUUACUUCGACGAGUACAACGCCUAUCUGAAGGUGAUUUCGGGCACGAAACCGGUUCAAUGCCUACCGAAGGAUCAUCCGGUGCUGAAACGAUUUACCGAUGCUCUGCUGGAAGAACAACCGAAACGAAUUUACAAAUGCGAACCGUGGCGAUAUCGAUUUUAUCACUUUCUGUUUCGCAUCACACCGACUGGGAUUCGAGAUUGGCUGGUUCGGCGCUUCGUGGCGAUGCCGGAGUAUCGGUCACCGGAGAAACUCAAGGGGCACGGCAUUGGCGAUAGUCUGUGAGGGCUAGGAGGCUAAGAAAACGGGGGAGAUUGGAUGUGUUUAUAUGCAGAGUUGAAAAAUUUCUUUAACUUUUAGAUUAUCUAUGACAACCGGUCGGUUGUUAAAAUUACCAAGUAAAAUAAACACGACAGAAAUAUAUUUUUACUUUAAAAAUGAUCAAAUCGAACGAAAUCAAUAACUAAAUGACAACAGUGAUGUGUUGUUUGCGAUGAGAUCGAGGCGUACGUGAUCCAA